GGCUAACACAACGAAUGCAACCGCGCACGACAUCAGCCAUCAGAAAUAAUAAAUUCUCAUCUCCGAUCUAGAUCUCUGCAUCGCCGACGACAAUGAGCUGGUGGUGGUCCGGUGCGAUUGGCGCCGUCAAGAAGAAGCUCGACGACGACUUUAACGCUGCGGCCGGUAAAUAUCCUAGCGUCGGCCUCGUGAUCGGUGCCACUGGCAUCGUCGGCAUGAGCCUCGUCGAGAUUCUACCCCUUCCCGACACCCCUGGUGGCCCCUGGAAGGUCUACGCCGUCUCCCGCCGCCCCCGCUCCUCCUUGCUUCCUCCCCCCUCCGAUGGCUUUGCCGUGGAGACCGUCCUAUGCGACAUCUCUGACCCCGCCGAUGCCCUAACUAAACUCUCUCCCCUCACGGACGUCACCCACCUCUUCUACGUCGCCUGGGCCAAUCGUGAAUCCGAGACCGAGAACAUCGCCGCAAACACCGCCAUGCUCCGCAACGUCCUGGAUGUCGUUGUUCCCUCUGCCCCCAAUCUCCAACAUGUUUGCCUUCAAACUGGUCGCAAGCACUACAUCGGCAGCUUCGAUUCUUUGGGCAAGGUCAAAGCGCACGAUCCCCCAUUUCACGAGGAUCUCCCUCGUCUCCCUGCUCCCAACUUCUACUACACGCAAGAGGACAUCCUAUUUGAUUCCCUUCGCAGCCGCGAUGGCGCUGUCACUUGGUCUGUUCAUCGUCCCACCGCUAUCUUUGGAUUUGCACCCACCAGUCUCAUGAACAUCGUUGGUACGCUUUGCGUCUACGCUACCAUAUGCAAGCGCGAGGGCGAGCCGCUGCGGUGGCCCGGGAGUCGUAUCGCUUGGGAAGGUUUCAGCGAUGCUUCCGACGCCGAUCUGAUCGCUGAGCAGCAUAUCUGGGCGGCUGUGGAUCCGUAUGCAAAAAAUGAAGCGUUUAACUGCAGCAAUGGGGACGUGUUCAAGUGGAAGCAUUUGUGGACGACUCUUGCAGAGCAGUUUGAGUUGGAGGCUGUGGGGUAUAUUGGAGAGGUGGAAAGGUUUAAGUUGGAGGCGGCGAUGAAGGGGAAGGAAGAACUCUGGGAAAAGAUUGUUCAAGAGAAUCAUCUUGUUCCGACAAAUCUGGAGGAAGUGGGUAACUGGUGGUUCGUUGACAUUAUGCUGAAUAACGAGGAACACUUGGAUACCAUGAACAAGAGCAAGGAGCAUGGGUUUUUGGGGUUUCGCAAUACACGCAAUUCCUUGAUUUCGUGGAUCGAUAAGAUGAAGGGUUACAAGAUUGUUCCGUGAGAUAGAUUACCUUCUUCGUGUUUG